UUUUACUGGGUCCUAUCUGACGCAUGAACGUCCGUCUCCGACAGGCGGGGAGCGACAAUGACUAACUGGCUUUCAUGGAACCCGACCGGAUAUGUACGAGUAUCUAUUCGUCUUCAAGACUUCGACGCGACAUUGCCAGUUUUCUUCUGGAAGGAAAAAUUUGCUGAUGGCUAAAUGUGUCAAAGGCGAGUCUUGGCUGGACGAGAACCGCAUGGAACAGCUCGGAGACACCAGGCCAAGACCCAAGUUACGCUACAUGACAAGAUAUUCGAACUGCGUGUAUUUUGUCCGGACCCGUAGAGCGUUCUUUGAGGAAGCAUACCAGGAAAUCAAGGUUUAUUUUGGUCCCGUACGCUUUUGGCAGCUCCGUGGCCUUAGCGGAAAGCUUGAUUCUAACGUCCUACCUCAAUCCGACCGGUCCUACUCAUCCCUAGCCUGGGCACCGACCGCCCAUAAGGUGACUGGCAACAGACAUCGUUCUCCGCUUUACGUGUCGUGCGCUCUAGUGCUAUGGGCUUUCUUGAGACCGGACCACAGUAUUCUCUGAGAGAACUUGGUGCCACGCUGGUGCGUCAUGACAUCCGUCGCACAACGGAUGAGAAUGAACGGCCCGGGCUCAGUCUCGAAUGUGAAGGAAUCUUGAGCAUGGAACUUGUUCUUGACCUUGACUUUGGUGCCCUCCACUCCGGCGAGGGUGGUGGACAGUGGUUAAAGGACAUAUUGUAUACCGGUCUGAUGUCAAAGUUGCUUGGAGAAACUGCUGUCCGCAGAAGAAUACUAAAGCCCAAGUGAGUAAA